UCUUUUCUGGUUUGCCCGAUUGUAUUUCUCGCGCGGGAAUUUCCGAUUCGGUUCCUCUUCCCGCUGAAUGGCGGAUAGGAGCCGUCGGCAGGCGGCUUUCUUGCAGGGAAGAUGGCCGUGUUCGCGGCCGCUACCGCUUCGCCGACCGACGGGGCUGCCCAGUCAUGUACAAAACGGAAGGAAGACAACAUUUCUAUUAAAGCAAUUACCAAUUAUUUUUCGCCAUUGGGGAAAAAUGUUGAGAGUGUAUUGUCACCACCAAAGUCUAAUAAUAUAAUGGAUUAUUUUAAAAAAACUUCUAUAAAUGAGAAAGCUCCAUCACCUCUACUGGAUCAAGAAAGCAAAGCAAACGUAGUAUCGCUGGAAAAUUCUUCAAAGCCUCCAUCGAAACUUAAGUCAAGAGGAAAGUGGAAUAAAUUAAAUAAUAAAUUAAAAACUGAUAAAACGCCUGAGCCUUUGGUAGAAGUGAAUAAGGAUAAUGAUAAAGAAACACCCAAUCCACAAGAAGAAAACUCUAAGGCUAGUUUCAUGAAUCACAAUGAUAUUGCAUUGAUUGACCUCACAAAUGAAGAACAGGCAUUAAAUGUUUGUGGUGAAGGCCUUCUCAAUAAAGUUAGUUAUAAGAAUGAGGAAAGAAAAUCUAAAAUAAUAAAAAGCAAUACAAAAAAAUUAAAAAGAAGAAAGCCUAAGAAUGAAAUGGACUUGUUUGAAAAUUCUAUCCCUGAGACACAGACAAAUGAUUCACAUAAAGAAACUAAUAAACAAAUUGCGUCUGUCACUGAAUCAGAAAAUAAAACUGUAGUGCUUACUCUGGAUCCUGAGCCUAGAGCACCAGUGACAUCAUACAAUACUGUCACUGUAUCAUUUGAAGACUUCUUAAAAAGCCAAGGAGAAGACUUCGAACAGAUUCCAAGAAAACAGACACCUGAUGAUUUUGUUGCCUUGGAUAAAACAGAUGUUGAUCAAGAUACUCAAGAUUUGCCACUUAAGAAAGUGACUGUCCUCGCCCAAAUUCAUUCUGUCCCUCCAAAAUCUCUCCGGUCCCAGAAAAUUGCCUCUAUUUUUGUAAACCCAAAAAGGAAAGCCAAAGUAAAAAAGAGUUCAGCUUCCUCAGAAAUGGAGUAUAUUGAACAGGUGACUCAAAAAAGAAAGUCCAAUGUGGUGAUUGCGGAAGAGGAGUUAGAACUGGCAGUAUUAGAAAGUGCAGGUUCAGAGACUGUGAAAUCGAAAUGCAAAGCAGAAGAACGAUACCAAUUUAUGAAAGCUUUUAGGCAGCCAGGGGCAGAUGUCGUGAAAAAUGGAGCUAAAAGGGGACCUAGUAAGCAGAAAGAUGUUGAAGAAAAACUAGCAAGCCACAAAUUAGAAGAGGAAGAAUGCGAAGAUGAGUCUAACCAAAAACCUGCAAAUAAUGCAUUGAUGGCUUAUGAUAGUGGCCCUGACCAUGACCUUAUGAAAAAAUGUGAUCGCACCAGAGUAAGAAAUAAAUCCAAAAAGCGGAAGGGCAUAGUGGAAGCAAAAGAGAAGGCUUUCAAUAUUAAUGAUAACCAGAAUAAUAAUGCCCAUGGUCCAAUUAAUAGGACAACACCAACUGAGAAAGAAAAAGAAUUUUCUCAAAAAAGUAAAAGAUUGAGAAGACAUUGUCGGCAAAAGAGAAGCCAGAGUACACCAGAAAAAGCCAUGGUUUCACAGCCUGUUACUGAAAAUCCACCAGAUGCUUGCCCACUGCAGACUUCGACUCCUAAAACAAAGCGAUCCUUUAAAAAUGACUUGUAUACAGCUGAAGUGAUAACUGAGCCCUUUGAUUCAAACAGCCCAAUUAGGAUGAAGUUCACCCGAAUUAAUACCUCAGACAGAUCUGCGCAUCAGAAUGUAAAGAUGAAUUCAACUUCUAGUAAUAUUUUCAAAGCAAAGAAAUUGGUUGAGAAAGCAAAGGCUGUACAGCAUAAUCGAAUAUCAAGAACCAUGGAAGAAGCAUUCCAUAUAUCUUUAAGACGCUCUUCCAGACAGCGGGCUCUUGCUGAAAAGAAACAUUUAGAAAAAAUAGAAAACUCCCAGGCUCUGGAUUCAGGCACUGUGUCAGACCAGAUAGAAAAUCCCAAAAAACUCCAAAGUGUAAAUGAUGUAUUGGGGAAAAGAACCAAAUUUGGGAAGGCAACUAAGAAGUCAAAUGGGAAGGAGAAAAUGUCUUUGGCAAUUAGGAAAAAAAAUAAAAAAUCUACAGAUGCUGCAGUUAUUGUUAUCAAAUCCAGUGAAGAUGAGUCUGAAAACUCGCAAGAUUACACAGAGUUCAAAGCAAAACGUGAAUUUUUAAUGAGCGGUUUGCCAGAAUCUUUAAAGAAAAAGAUUGCAAAAAAAGCAGCGGUGUUGGAAGCAUAUUCGGCAGCUAAUUCCUGUUUUCAAAAAGUGAUCCAUGUUCAGCAGAAGGACAAUGGAUGCUUGAUGUGGAGAUUGGCACCACCGUCUUGUCGCUUCUUUACUAGACUUAAGGAUGUGAAUUCUGAAGUAACUGAUGUGGCAAAACUUACUCUUUCCCUGGGUGAACUCUCAGUUUUAACUACGCAACUUAAUAGCAACGAUUCUGCAGUUGUGGUGGUUAAUUUUGCAGGUGAAGAUACGCUUUGGACCGAAAAAUACCAGCCACAAAACUCCAGUGAACUUAUAGGCAACAUCGAAGCAAUUAAAAAGCUACAUAGAUGGCUGUGUGAAUGGAAGAGAAAAGCCAGUUGGGAAGAAAACAGGACACAAAAAGAAAAGAAGAAUGGCAGCAAAGAUGACUCCUCGGAGCAUCUGGACUUCGUAGACGACACAUCAGUCAGCGAUGAAGAGAACGUUUUGUGCAACACCAUGUUGCUCAUUGGACCCCCGGGGAUAGGGAAGACGGCAGCCGUCUACGCUUGCGCACAGGAGCUUGGCUUCAAGAUAUUUGAAGUGAAUGCUUCUUGCCAACGCAGCGGAAGGCAGAUUCUCUCACAAUUAAAAGAAGCUACUCAGUCUCACCAGGUGAACAAACAAGGUGUACAUGCUCAUAAGCCGUGCUUCUUUAACCAUUACAGCAGCACUAAGUCUCCAAAGAAACAGUCUCCCAAAAAAGAGUGGUCCCCAAGGAAGUUUUCAGGUUCACCCAGGAAAGUUGGAACAAAACAAAGCUUAAUGCCCAAAACGCUCGACAACUAUUUUAAAUUAACUUCCAAACUGAAGAACCAAGAAGAAAAAGUACCAAGGAGCAAUAAAGAAAAUAGGAAAAGCUUAACUGAAAAGAAACCAGAGUUAAAAUCAGGAGAAAGGAGAAACAAGGAAGAAGAAUCCAGUAAUAAAUGUGCAACUUCUCUUAUUCUUUUUGAAGAGGUUGAUAUAAUAUUUGAUGAAGAUACUGGCUUUCUAAAUGCAGUAAAGACCUUCAUGAGCACUACCAAGAGACCUGUCAUUCUAACCACCAAUGAUCCAUUGUUCAGUGAAACAUUUGAUGGCUGCUUUGAGCAAAUCACUUUCAGAGUACCUUCUUUGAUAAAUGUGGCUAGCUAUCUCCAAGUUCUGUGUUUGGCCGAGAAUUUAAGAACCGAUAUCAGAGACUUUGCUGCCUUGUUAACUGUGAAUAACUGUGACAUCAGGCAGAGUAUUCUAUACUUACAGUUUUGGGUCCAGAGCGGUGGUGGUUACAUGAAAGAAAAAGCAUGAAAUCGGAACAAAAGAAGACUGGAAUAAACUGAUACAUCUGCUCACAGAAUUCCAGAUGAGGAAUACAGACUUAACUUAUAGCAACCUUGAAAUCAUCUCAUCAUUGCCUCUUAAUAUAAUUCCAGAAGCAAUUGAAAUAGCCAGUCCUGCAUGUAGCUUUAUUGCAGAAAAGGCAUUGAGUAGUACGUGCAUUGAGAUUGACUGCUUAGAGGGAGCCCCUCCUGUGAAAAAGGCUAAACGAUCAAAAUGUCAGAAAAAAAUAGCUGUAUUGGAGGAUAGCGAUUUAUUUGAACGUGAAUUAAAUUACUCUGGGUUUGUUACACUGUCCCCUGACACAAGCGCUUCAUGCUUAGAACAAACAGGCCCAGCGGAACCUAUGAAUGUUGGCCCAGUGGCACCGAAGGAUGGGACAUCUGUCAGUGCAAAAGAUUCUGUAUUGGUAUCCCAAUGUUUAAAUUCCUUAACUGAAUACCUGGACAAUAUGUCUCUAUUGGAUUGUUGUUUCACUGAACCCACCCAGGCAUCAAAGCAGGCCAGCAAAUAUGGAGAUUUUAUUUGGACUAAGGGGAAGAUAAAAAACGGUCUCUCUGAUGAAUUUAGUGUGGAGCACACUGACUGGUGGAGUUCUCAAAGCUUUUGUGAACUAAAAGCAACAAUGGAGGCAUUAAGUUUUAACAAAUGCUCUAAGAGCAUUUUAAAAAUCAUGGAAAAUUGCUUGAACUGUACUAAAACUCUUGGGAAGAAUGAAUUUGAAGAACUCACUCUCCAUGUUUCAAAAGAACGAGCUGAUUUAUACUUUGGCCAGUCAGCAGCUAAUUCCAGUGUUCAUUAUAAUGCACAGAAGAGGAUAGAUUUAAUUAAAAAUGUGUUUUCCAGUGCACCUUUAAGUCUGAAUAGCAGACAAGCCAGUGUCAUGGAAUAUCUGCCGAUUCUUCGCAACAUUUGUAAAUCAGAGAAACUGAAACAACAGGGGAAGACAAAAAGGAGGUUUCUCCACUAUCUGGAAGGGAUUCAUCUUCCUAAAGAAAUUUUGAACAGCCUGGCAACUGACUUUCCUUAAAACAGUGGCCAAGAAUAACAUUGUAAAUACAAAUGUAUAUUCAAAAGACGAUUAUAUUUUUAAUCUUUAUUUAUGAAAGAUGCAGAUAUACCAACUGGUCGCUUUUAAUUUGUAUAACAGUAAAUCAAUUCAAAUAGAUCCUUUAAAAAACUAGCUUUAAGCUGAACAAUACAAUCAGGUGAUUGACUUGGAAAAGAUGAGUCUUUCUAAUGUUAAUAAACAUCUUAAUACCAGAAAACCACAACUUUUUCAAGUCAAUAAGUUGAUGUAGUGAUAAACUUUUUAAAAAGCAUCUAUUUGAAUUGAUCUAACAACAGAUCCAGAUUAACCAAAUAUUAACAGGUGUCACUCAACAAUUACCCUAUUUUAGAUUGAAGUGGUUGGUGUGUUGCAUGCAUCUGCAAAUAUGCAGACCUGUACAUUUGUCUCUAGUGGGCAAAAUCUGUAAGGGAAAACUGAAUUUUGUAAAUCCCUUUGUUACAUUAACAGCUCUUUGUAGCUGUUUGUCUGCAUUUCUGUACAUCUUUUUAUACU